AUGGACGACAUGUCAGUAUUAUUAGAACUACCUUAUAGAUGCCCUCGAUGUGGGGAAACCAGAAGAUUUCCCAGCCUCUCUGCAUUAAAGUCCCAUUUAGAGUUUGAACACACCUACCCAGCACCUGACAUUUUUUCACCGAACAGUUCUUUUGGAAUGCCAAGAACUCAUAAGUCUGCCUUUCGUCCAUGGGAAAAGUUUAGUGCAGAGGCCAAGGAACUGGAGCGACAGCUUGCACAUGCCAAAGAGUCAGAAAGAAGGCAUAAACGAGACAGGGAUUUGUAUUCUCCGGCACAUACGAUUGACGAUUUUCGACGUAGUAGUUUGGAUGAUUCCCUGAGGCCGUCCAGCAGGAGAAGUCUUCAUGAGCGGCGUCGAUCGGAGGAACUAUACGACUCAUACCCAAAAAAUGACAGACAUGCCGAGAAUAAAUAUCUCGAUGAGAUUGAACGGUUGCGUAGUGAACUGAAGAGCAAAGAUAAAGCAUUGGACACCGCCCAUGAGGAAUUACAGAAAUUAACGCUUGAGAAACGAAAAUUACAGAACGAUGUCUUGAUAUUGAAUCGGCAAAUAGAUGACAGUGUGCAACACUUAGCAAAUACGAAGCAGCGUCUUGACGAAAAAGAAAAAGAACUCAAGGAAAGGGAACGUGCAAAUGAGUUCAUGAACAGCUUUUUAAAGGCGACUGCUGAAAAAGAAGCAUCUGCCAAGGAGCAGUUAAAGAGCUAUAUAGAGUCGUUAGCCGAUCGAGCAGAAAAAGCCGAAAGUGAAGUGAUGACAUUUAAAAGUCCACUGUCCACAUUAAAUAGAACGUCCAAUCUUUCUAGAGCUAGUAGUGUUAAUAGGAAUUUACCUGAUUUACAGAGGACUAGUCCUGUUUCUAUUUUGAAAUCUAACAGUACUGCCAACAGACCACAAAGUGCCCCCAAUCCAGAGACUCAUAUUCCUUAUAGGCCAAUUACUGCCCAGAGCCUGCCAGCCACUUCACUGCCAAACCGCCGACACACGGUAGGAAUAACACCACAGCAGUUUCAAAGCAUGCGACCACAGUUACAGUUUGCUCCAAAUACCAACGCUGUACAGACUGCCCCUCAAUAUGCCACUACCACCACAAACCGGCGACAUACAGUAGGUAUCACCCCUCAGCAUGUUCAUGGAAUCUUCCAACAGCCUUCUUAUCCAAUCACAGCUGUUCAUUCCACCCCUGAUUUGCAUAGCAUAUCUGCACCCACCAAUCAUCAGCAGAUGCUACAACUAUUGCAUCAUCCUACCUCAUCAUCCAGGACUAGUAAACAUAAUAGAAAAAAUAUUCACUAUGCUGAUUCUGGUAUUAGCAGCAAUGGAUCCAGUCACAACAGUUGGGACAUUGCUGGAAUGCCUCGAAGGGGUUACUUUCUGUCACAGAAGUCAGAAAUGCAACCAUCACAUGCUAACCAGAAUGGCUAUACCCCAGGGAAAGUUCAAGCCCUAGAAUCAGUUGACCCGUAUGCACACAGUGUGAGUCCAGUACAAAAUGGAAUGAGCCCACCACCAAAUUUAUACAUGAACGGGUUCAUGGAUCCAGAUGUGGAGGACGACAUUGGUCUGGAUAUGAUGGAAGAGGCGUACAACGAAAUAUCGCGGAAGAAAGCACAAUUAAAUGCCAAACAAAAACUGAUGAAAAAUGAAAGAGAUCGUUUACAGAGAUUGAAUGGCUAUCAGGAUGACAAGGAUGAUAUUGUAACUAGUGAUACCAUUACCAUGACAACAGAUGAAGAUUCUGAUAUGGAUGAUGCUGCUAGUCAAGGUGAACUACCUCAAGAUUUAGUGAAACAGAAAGAACAAGCCUUUAACUCUGAUAGAAGGAAGCGAUACCGCAGCGCAUUAUUUUGUAUAUUUUCGUAUUUAGAGACUAAAACUUUACUGAAAGUUGGUUUAGUGAGUCGUGAUUGGUUACAAGUCAGUCGACAUCCAGCAUUGUGGAAAAAAGUAAAACUAUCAAAUCAUCGAAUAAGUUCUAAAUUUCUUCAGACUAUUUCUAAAUGGUGCACAGAAACAGUAUAUUUAUCUUUAGAAGGGCUGAGGGGAAGAAAAAUGAGGGCCAAUGAAACCACCCAAGAUUACCUAAAUUCUACCAGGGGAUGUCUGGAAUCUGGUUUAGAGUAUUUAAUCAAGGCAUCAGAACACAUGCUGAUAACAUUGAGAAUUGCUGAUUGCAGUAAUAUCCUCACAGACAGGGCAUUAUGGUUAUGUAGUUGUCAUUGUAAAACUCUGCAGAACAUUAUGUAUAUCAGUGAAUUUGAUCCUGUUGGUCAUGAAGUGAUAUGGGCACUUGGCGCUGGAUGUAGAAAUGUUGUCUCAUUACAAAUACCUCCAAUGCAUCCAUGUCAAAAGCCGCAUAAGUUCAAUAAUCGGUGCAUGCAGAUGGUUGGUAGGUGUUGGCCGUUGUUAAGAGCACUCAGUAUUGGUGGUAUUGAUGUGGAUGAGAAGGGAUUAGUGUCAAUCACUAAGAAUUGUGCUAGAUUACAGCUGUUAGAAAUGGACCAUAUGCUUGAGAUUACUGAAGAAAUUGCAAUAUCCAUGUGUCGCAAUGGACUGAGGGCAAUAGAAAGACUGAUAUUCACAGCUACACCUGUGACACCAAAGGCACUGCUACAGUUUAAUAGUUCAUGUCCACAGUUGAUAGCACUGACUAUCAAUAUUGGAAUCUCAGACUAUUUUGCUGAUACAAAGAAACCAUCUAAUAUUGAGACAUACAAUACAAUCAUUGGCAAACUACAGUCAUCAGGACUAUACUACACUAAACACAAUCCAUGGUUUUCGUCAUCUAAAUUCUGGGACCUUGUGUAA